CGAUUGGAUGCAGGCAGAGUGCUACGUAAGAAGUAGUACUACAACUAAACGAUGGCUUCGCAGAACGGGCGCGAAACCAAGGAUGGCCUUCCGCAAGGAGGAGCGAACGGUGGCCCGCAGCACGGUCUACAACAGCAGCAGGAGCAUUCAUGCGAAAUCUGUGGCAUGUCCGGGCUGUCGGAUGAUGCGAUGCGUGACCACACGCGUCUGUACCACGUGGAGGGCUACGCGCAGUGUCCUUUCUGCGGGUUGUCAGGCAUACCGCCCGCCGAAAUGCUGCUGCACGUUAACCAGGCGCAUCUAGAUUACCUUACACCCGAAAACGAAUUGAUGUCCUUCAUUGACGAUCAAACGCCAAGCUUUUGCAGUGUCGACGGUGAUUCCGAUUCCAUCUCCGACUGCCGCGGUUUGUCGCCUUCGAUUACGUCCGAGCUGUUGACACCGAUGUCCUCCUCCGGGGGAGUAAAAGUUGGACUCAACGGCACCGCGGGAACCGGUACCAGCAGCAGCAACUGCACGAUGAUGACCAGUGGCAGUGGAAGUUUGACAACCGCUUCGUCCAACGCUGCCAGUCACAGCAAUCAUAUGCCCGCUUCUUCUCAUCAAUCUGGAUCGACGCAAUCGGUGGCACCAAUUACGAACGGUGGUAACACCGCUUCGAUGUCGACGAAAAUGGUUGGCAGUUCGUCAACGGCUGCCAGCAGCAGCAGCAUGAGUAGCAGCCGAUCCAGUUUUGGCAGCAGCAGUACUAAUUUAAGCAACGGUGUGUCGAAUGGAAUGGUUCAUGGUUCGGGCGGCAAAACGGGCGCGCAACAGAACCACUUCCCUGACUUCACGAUAACAGCCUCCGGUAGCCACGGUGCUGGCGUUGAUUUCCCCGUAAAUGGCACAACAAGCGCCAACGGCUGCAAGGAGCAGAGUGGUGGCGGUCCAGUAAUGAAUGGUGGUGGUGCCGGGUGUACCACACCCGCCGGUGCAGGUGCUGGAGGGCAAGGAUCACCGCUCCGAUCACAGCUGGGACUGAAGCUGAAAUCGCACAAACCAAACGCGCUCACCAUGCCGGAUGCGCCAAGCGGAGGAUCCGGAGCGGUGGCAGCGGCGUGUCCCGCAACGAUGACGAUCACAACGUCGGCCACCACAACCAUCACAACGAAGCAAGCGAGCCCGCUGCAGUGCCUGCUGUGUCCGUACACCUCCGACAAUCCGACGAUCCUUGAGGAGCACAUCAACCGGUCACACUUUGAUCCGCUUAGUCCGGGUGUAAAUGGUGCCGGAGGAUGCGCUGCGGAUGGUGCCGGUGGUGGAGCUGCUGGCGGUGGCCACCACGUGGACACGUUGAGUGUGCUUCAGUGCCCGAUUUGCAAUCGAACGUUUGAGUCGGGUUCGGAUCUUGAGCUGCACGUCAACAUCGAGCACCGCGACAUUCUCAGUCCGGCCAAGGCGGACGGGGGACGGGCCACGAAUGAUACGCCGUCUGGGGCGGCGGCCCGUAACGGUAGCUAUGGCGGCAGUACUAGCAGCCUGUGUCCCGUGUGUGGCAUUUCGUUUGACCACAUGAAAACGCAGGAAAUGGAGUACCACAUUGAGAAGCACUUUUCUAAGAGUCCUCUUAACCCGUACCAGGGGGGAGGUGGAGGUGGCGGGAUCGGUGGCAGCGACGCAUCGGUAGUGGUAGUGGAUCUCGAAAAGCAGGCACAAAAAUUGAGGGAGCAGCGUGAGUUUGAGAUGCUGCGUGCUCAGUACGGUAUGGACGAUCAGGGUAACUUCCGGGAACAGUCGGCAGCAGCGAUGCAACGAGCAGUGUAUGCGGGAGAGAUGAGUGUGGCGGAUUACUACGAACGGCAAGUGGGGCUUCGGGCGGCCGAAUCGCACGGCGUCGAUGAUGGGUCGUCCUGCACGAAGUCCGUUUCACCACGGGUGCUGUCACUAUCUUCAUCAUCACCCAACGUGAUCAAGACGUACGUGUGCUCGAGCGUUGACCACUACGCGUCCAGCUACGGUGACAAGGGUUGGGGUUGUGGCUACCGGAAUCUGCAAAUGAUGCUCUCUUCGUUACUGCAGAGCACAUCCUACAACGAGGCGCUCUACUCUGCAUGGGGAUCGCAUGGUCCGGCUCGGACCGCUAUGCCCAGCAUCUCUCGUUUGCAGCGCAUGGUGGAAGCGGCCUGGACGCAAGGAUUCGACAUCCAAGGCUCGGAACAGCUCGGUUGCAAGCUGUACAACACGCGCAAAUGGAUCGGUGCGACUGAAAUUGUGACCGUUUUGUCUUGGUUGCGUAUCCGGUGUGAGUUAGUGGACUUCCAUCGCCCAACUUCCUCCGAUGGGCGACAUCCGGAGCUAUUCAAUUGGGUCCUGCGUUACUUUGAAGAGCCCCGGAUUCACACCCCGCCCCUGUACCUGCAGCAUCAGGGCCAUUCGCGUACGAUCAUCGGUAUCGAGCAGCGGACGUCCGGUUUGUCUCUGCUUGUGCUCGAUCCGAGCCAUGGGCCGCGACAGGUCGCAGCACUCGGUUCAUCGCAGGACUCGUUGCGCUUAAUCCGCAAGAAUUCGGCAGCAAUGCGCGCGCCACAGUACCAGGUUGUGGCUGUAAAGGGGCUUAUCGAAACCGAAGACCAAUAUCAGGCGAGUAAGGUAUUAAAAUCUUUACGUAUUCCACCCGAUCGUUGA